CGUCCCUCUGAGCUCACUUCCGUCGGUUUGAGUCGGAUCGCCCGUUCUUCCAGUCUCUCAACCUUUUGUUCUCCCAUUUCCAACCAGUCCGCGCUGCUGAAAACGGGAGCCCAGGCGGUCGGGAGAGCAGAAAGACGCCAAGUAGCGGACUCGUCCGUCGCAGAAACAAACAAACAAACAAACAAAAAAAAGCCACAUGCAAAGCGCCGUCCGCACGGAGGAUACUCGGCACUCCGUAGUUACAUAACUGGACUACUUUUUUUUCUAUUAUUGUUGGGAUUUUUUCUUCUUCACGUUUUGCGUUGUGUUGCACCGAAACCCAAACUCAACAAAAUGGAGAACGACGAUAAAUACCUCCCCGAGCUCCUGGCGGAGAAGGACAGCUUGGACUCGUCGUUCACGCACGCCAUGAAACUUUUAAACGCAGAAAUUGAUAGAAUCCAGAAAGGCGAGACUAAAAAGGAGGCAGAGACAUACCUGGACCUUUUCACAACAAAGAACAUCAAACUUAAGGAACGAGUGCUCAUACCUGUCAAACAGUACCCGAAGUUCAAUUUCGUGGGGAAGAUUUUGGGACCUCAGGGCAACACAAUCAAACGUCUGCAGGAAGAGACCGGGGCCAAGAUCUCCGUGCUGGGCAAAGGAUCUAUGAGAGACAAAUCUAAGGAAGAGGGGCUGAGGAAAGGUGGCGAGCCCAAGUACGCCCACCUCUCGAUGGAGCUGCAUGUAUUCAUCGAAGUGUUUGCCCCUGUUCCUGACGCUUACCUGCGCAUGGCACAUGCCAUGGAGGAGGUCAAGAAGUUUCUCUUUCCUGACAUGAUGGAUGAUAUCUGCCAAGAGCAGUUCAUGGAGAUGAGCUACCUGAAUGGAGGCCAGGAGCACGGAGCCCGAGGCCGAGGGGGCCUGCCGGUCAGGGGCCGUGGAGGCCCUCCUGCCGGAGCACACAGGGGUAGGGGAAUGCCUCCCCGCGGUGCUGCCGUCAGGGGAGGUGUGAGCCGAGGCGGCCCAGCCAGAGGUGGCGCAGUGAGGGGCGCCCCAGCAGGAAGAGGAGGACCUCCCGCAGCACCUGCCAGGGGAGCUGUGGCACCCCGUGCCAGACUCCCAGCUGGUGGACCACCCCAGAGGAUGGCACCACCUCCUCACCAGCAUACCCCCGGAGCAGCCAGCGAGGGCUAUGAGGAAUAUGGCUACGAUGAGAGCUACACAGACACGGCCUACGAGUCAUACGACAGCUAUUACAGUCAGCCGCAGGCAGAACCAGAAUAUUAUGACUACGGACACGGAGAGACCACCGAGUCGUACGAGUCAUAUGGCCAGGAUGAUUGGAACGGCACCCAGCGAGCAGCUCCAGGGAAGGCCCUUCCCCCCACUAGAGGUGCCAAGACGCCUUACCGGGAGCACCCAUACCGACAGUACUGAAGCAGUGUCGCCUUGACAACCGACUGUCUACCAUGGCAGCUCUCGCUUUAAGAAGCCCGACAAAAGUAAUUGUCCGUUUUGUCUUUGGUUUGGUCUUUUCCUACACUGGACUUUAUACAAGAGAGCAAAUUGGGAACUGAAAAUCGGACCUGUUUUUUGAGAUUUGACAGUGAACUCCCUCCCUCACCCCUACUUUGUCGCACCAACCAACCACCCAUCCAACCAAAGCUUUUAGAUGGGUCCGAGAGGAGAAGUUGGCACCCUUUUUUGUUCUUUUUCAUUUGAGUUUUUGUUCAUUUUGCUGUAUUUUUCUCUGAUCAUUUUUACCCGCCCUCUGGCUUUUUUGCAUUGUUGAUCCGUUACGUUUUUACCUGUUUGAAACUAGUCAUUUCUAGUGGAAAUAGUGGCUCAUUAUGCACUUGUCUAAGAAGUUCAUUUUAAUUGUUUUUAAAUAUAAAGAUCUGUUGAGGGUCAGUUGCAGAUUCCCAUUUAGGCUACAUUUCAAAAUUCUGUUAAUAUAGCCAAAUAAAAGACCUUUUAAACUUUCAAUUAUGUCAUAUAGAAACAAAAAAAACAAUCUUAAAUUAAGUGAAGGCUAAAUCAAUGUUAAUGGAAUCAGUACAAUUCAUUCUUGAUUAUAUUUUGUUUUUUAAAUAGUUCUAAAACGUUGUCCAUUUAGACUUAGGCAGCAAUAUUUGUCAUUGUACUUAGAGUUUUGAAAUAUAGCCCUAAUAGACACUGUUGAGAUGGACUGUCCUCAUAUCCUCAAUUUGUUUCACUUGUUAAAAAUUAAUUUUAAGUCUCUGAAGACAAAAUGUUUGUUUAAUGAGAACAUGGCCCUGAUAUGGCCUCCUGUUAUGCUAAAAACAGUUCAGGUCUUCAUUUGUGAUCUGAUUCUAUAUAAACUGCAUGCACAAAAUACACCACGAAGGAUUGGGACAAAAAUCUCCACAUGGGUCUUCUCUUUCUAUAGAGAAGGGAUCCUGCAGCUCAAUCCGAACUCUUGUACAUAUUUUAAAACAUCCUAACUGUACUUAUUCUGCCACUAGUAUCUGUACCCUCUCCAUAAAAUGCAUUAUGCUACAUGUGUAAGCUUGCCUAAAUAGGUUACUAAAUCUGUCCAAAAGAUGUUUUGCAGCAGUUUGUCAAUAAAGCUUAGUUUGUUUUUUAUGAAA